GUUGCUCCAUUUAUAGGGUUUACUUUACUUCCUUUAAAUCGUUUUCGACUACUAAUUCCUACCAAUUGAAAUUUUUUUUAUUAAAAUGGUAGUUUGCAAAUUCUUUUUAGAAGGAAGAUGUAGAUUUGGUGCCAAUUGCAAGAAUGAACACACCCAAAGUCGCAUUGGAAACGCCUACCAACAACAAUCAUUCAAUCAGCCAGUCAGACAGCAGUAUUUCCCACAGCAACAGAAACUCAGAGAAAGCCAACAGCAAGAAACAAACCUUGAAAGUUUACUCUAUGUUGUAAAAGAUGAUGCUACCAAUUCUAUGCAAGGAGGUCAAUGGUUGUUUUCAUGUUAUGCUCCUCUGCUACGAAAAUUUUCCAAAAUUUCUUUUAACAAAAAUGAAGAAAAUCUUCCUAGCCUGGUAGACUACAGUCCCGAAGAGCUUAAAUGGGAAGCAAUGCAUAGCAGCAUGAAUGGACAAUUCCAUGAUUAUACUGUUAAGCUUCAAAAGCUUUCUGAAAACUAUCAAACAAUUCAAAGGGCUUUGCAAAAUCUUGAUCAAGCUACUUCAAACUAUAUAGUCCGAUAUGAACGUGGUGAAAAUGUCAGUCCAACUGGUACUGCACUAGGAAAUUUUGUUUUAUCGUUUCCUGCAGUCAACACCACUUCAAAUAGUCCAUCUCAAUUUAGCUUCACUCUACCUUCUACACAAAAUCCCAUUAUGGCUCCAAGUCAGCAACUGCAAACUGCUGUCACCCCCUUCAAAUUUCAAUUGCCUUCACAACAGUCUGCUGAAGCAUCUUUCAGUUUUCACUUACCUCCCCAGCAGCCAGCUGCUACAUCUUUCAGCUUUAUAUUACCAUCUCAGCAACCACAGUCUGUAAUAAACACAGCUGUCACUAAGGAGCCUAAUGCUAUAACAAGACAGAUACCUGUUUCAGCUGUUCCUAAUAUUGCUGAAAACGUUUCUCAUCAUCAGCUGAGUCAGAUUGACCUUGAACAGUUUAAGGCCGAUAAAUUUACAUUUGGCAAGAUCCCCCGUAUUCCACCGCCAAUAGAAUUACGCUAA